GGAGAGAGUCGGCGUGAGACAGAGUGAGGAAUACGGACAGAGAGACAGAGAGAGAAAGAGAACGAGAGGGAGAGAGAGAGAAAACGCUGCAGGUGCGACGUCACGCGAGGCUCCGCCGUCAACCGCACGGAUCAAGCCGAAUCUCACGCGCUUUUUGCCUCGCGAGCACCGAUACGAUGGGCAAGCUACAGGAAUUCGACAUUACUUUCAGCCACAACAAAGUGGUGUACAGCCCGGGAGAGACGAUUUCGGGAACGCUGAGGAUCCUCACCGCCAACUCGCUGCAGUACAAGGCCAUCAAGCUGAACUGCGUGGGCUCCUGUGGUAUCUCCAACAAGAUGAACGACACUUCAUGGAUGAUGGAGGAGCAGUAUGUCAGCAGCAUGCUCUCUGUGGCAGAUAAAGGAACCCUACCACCUGGAGAGCACAGCUUCCCUUUUCAGUUUCUCAUUCCAACACACGCUCCCACUUCGUUUGAGGGCCCGUACGGAAAGGUUAUGUACAGAAUCAGGGCUGUAAUAGACACGCCACGCUUCUCUAAGGACUACAAGUGUCAGAGACCCUUCUACCUACUCAAUCUCUUGAAUCUCAAUGAGUUGCCUGAUAUAGAGCAACCAAGUAGUGCAGUGACAACUAAGAAGUUCACCUACUUACUGGUGAAGACGGGGACGCUCAUGCUGAGAGCUCACAGUGACCUGAGAGGAUACACGCCAGGCCAAAUCAUCAAACUCUCUACAGAGAUCCACAACAAAUCAGGAAAAGACACAGGCUAUGUCCUGGCUAGUCUCAUACAGAAAGUGACCUAUAAGAUGAAGCGGCCGCUGUUUGAUUUGCGGACCAUAGCGGAGGUAGAGGGGGCAGGCGUCAAAGGAGGGAAACAUGCAGAAUGGAAGGAGCAGAUCAUCGUUCCUCCUCUCCCUCAGUCUGGCCUAGCUGGCUGCAGCCUCAUAGACAUCGAGUACUUUAUCCAGGUUUCACUAAAAUCUCCUGAGACGGUGGUCACUCUGCCCAUCUACAUUGGAAACAUUGCUGUCAACUUGACCCCAACAAGACCGCCUCCACCAACCCCUCUCCAGCACGGUGCUGCGAUGCCCACCAUGCCAAGCCUUAGCCCUGGACUAGUGGUACCAAGUGCGCCCCCAGCCGAGGACGACGAGGACGAGGUGCUGGGCGCAGGAGCACUAAGCAGCGAGGAAAUUCCUACCAAGAGUCACUCCCAGCAGGACCAUUCAGGCCAGGCCAUUCCCAUGUCCCCUGGGGCGUUCAGUCACGCUCCGGCCCAAGCCCUUCCUCAGGGUCAGCAAGGCCAGCCAUCCGAGAGCUCGGCGCCUCUUUUCUGUGUCUCCACGGGGGCCACCAUUCCCUUUUUCACUGACGGUAAUGCCACGCCUAUGCCCACUACCUGCCCUCUCAUUCUGCCUCCGGAGUACAGCAACUGGGACUAUCCGCAUGAACCACCUCCCACUUAUGAGGAAAGCUGCAGCAGUACCAACUCCAGCUUCAACACCAGCAUGACGUAGAUGACAACACUGGAAGAUGCCUGUCAGUUAAUCUGCAACUUCCCCUGCUGGACACUCCAGGCAUUACCGUCCUCCCCAAAUAUGACCAAACGUAUUUAAAGGGAUCUUGUCUUUUCACUUGAUUUAUAUAAACGAUAUUCCUCGCUCCAUGGUGUGGAGAAAGGCUUCUCUGGAUCAGUGCCUAAUCAUGGUAAGACUCCUGAACUACUACAGGUUGAUAAAGCUGCAUCUGUGAUGCAGUGACCAACGAUAUACACAGGAUGUGUGUUUGUUAGCCAAGGCUGGCCUUCUGCGACGCUUGUCCCAAAACACAGGCUGGUUUUGAAAGAACUGUGGUCACUCUGAUGCUGAUCUGUGAACAUUUCCUCAGGCCUUUGCAGUGUCAGUCUGCGGCUGGAAUGGCGUUGAAGGCGUACCGAUUCGAUUUUUAUCAGCACAGUUCGAGAAAGAUCCGGCUUUUUAUUAAAGCUUGCAUUCUGGUUAGAUUCUGAAAUUUCUCUGGUUACUGAAUAUAUUUUCCAAAAUUAUAUGAAAUGUAGCUUGCUCUAAUUGGUAUUAAAGGCAUUUGGCUGGACGAAAUAGAAGAAGCACGUGUUACAUUGAAACCCCGCAUCAGAGGUGCCAACAUCUAUGGUUUAACCGUUACCACAGCAACAGCACUCACUAAAUGUUUAUUUAGUGAUUUAUUUCAUGCAAAUCAUGAAGAAACUAGUAUUCCCAAACCUCAGUAUAAUUGAAUUUUUAAACAUGUUGGGUGAUGUGACAGCCUACAUUAAUACCACAUGUAUUGCACCAAGCAAGGAUUGUUCUAGAAACGAGGCUGUUGAAAGCACUUGGUGAGGCGGGGCAUUGUGUGCAUUUCCUACUGGUAGGGAUUACCUUCACUUCACUCUGACUUUAUCUACGUGAAUUCUGAUUCAUGAAUUCAUGAGCCAAUAGAAUCCCAGCAGUCUCUUAGCACACAUCUGAGUUAAAAAAAACAAACAAAUGAACAGAGCCGCCUCGCCUCUUCCACUGAAAUGGAAGAUUUGUGGUAAAACCUGCUAGGAUUGGCUUGUUAGUAAUGUUGGUACCUCUGCUGCACAACGACUACAUGCAUAUUUUGCUUCUUGGUGAGUUUACGAAGCCUUUUCUUACCCCUUUAGAUGUUAUUACAUUGAGAUCUGAUUAUGUAGUAUGUGAUGAAUUUUAAAUUUAUUCUAUUUAAAUUGAAUGAAAAUAUUGCUGUAAAAGAAAUUUCGAAUGAAAUGUCAUUUCUUUACAAAGACUCUAUAAUGUUCAGACCACUUUAUAUAUAUAUAUAUAUAUAUAUAUAUAUAUAUAUAUAUAUAUAUAUAUAUAUAUAUAUAAUUCCCCUCGCCAUAUCAUAGGUGCGGUGCGUCAUGAGUUCCUGCAUGCAUUCAAAAAUUUAUUGAGUGUCUGGGAUAAAGCAGAAAAUGUUUCUUUAGCUGGAAUGAAAUGCCAGUGUUCGUAAAUUUGUAAUUCGAAGUGAACCCAGGAUAUACGGGAAUGUUUUAUUUGUCUGAUUAUUUUUAAUUCAUUCACAAUUGAUGGAGUUUUAACAUGAAUUCUCAGUUGAGGCCUUAUCCUGUGAUUGCUGUGUAAAACUCUGAUGGUGUUUUUCCAGUAUUUUAACAAAUCUUAUUAAUCCUUCAGACCCUUAAACUGUUUUUUUUUUUUCUUUAAAUUGAAGCACAAAAUAGCACUUUUUUUUAAAUAGAAUUCGACUGUGUGUGUGUGUGUGUGUGUGUGUGUGUGUCAUCAAUCAAGCCCUGAAUGUACUAUCAGUUGUAGAUUAAAUUUACUGUGAUUUUUUCAGCCAUUAUAGCAACCCUUCUUCUGGUUUUCUUUCAAAUAUUCAGACAAGAGUGUUAACCACUACUACUCGGUUUAUAUUUUUGGAUCAAACAAAAGAGACUGCAAGAAAGAUUGUCCACUCCUCUCAUUUUUUUUUCUUCUAUGUAUAUUACUUUUCAGUACUGUGAGAAAACAUUUGAUGGUGUAAGGGGAAUGCUCACCUUUGAAAUGAGGUUUUGUUCAUUGAUCAUCUUUCUCAGCGAAUCACUGUGUUACAAUCCAGCAUCUCCUCAGAUUGUAAUCAAAUAAAGGAUUAUGAUAUGGUUAUGGAAUUAAAUACAAGGGUUGGUAAAACAAUGGGAAAGAGAUAAUAUAUGGGAAAAGUUUAAUAGUUUUCAAUGUUUUUAAAAGGACUAAAUUCUAGAGACCAGUCUGUUUCUAUUGCAAGUAUUGAAUGCCUCACUUUAAGUUUUGAAAGCUUACAAGACCUCUAACACAUGAAGGUCAUGUAAAAAAAAAAACAAAAAAAAAAAACCAACAACAACAACAAAAAAACACGGAACAUUUUAGAUUUGUAGAGAACGGACUCAAAUCAAAAUGGUGCUCCAUAAGCUCCACUAUGCUAGAACAUCUGACAGUUCUUCCGUUUCCAUACUAAACUCUACAUUGCCUGAUGUAGCAAACUAGACAAAAUGUCAUCCAACUCCAUAUUAAUCAUCAAACUAUAUAAAGCUGAGUGCUUUCAGCAUGCCUUAAAUCUAGAAAUAGUUAACUGUGGCACAUGCAGAAAUAUGUCAGUAUCCAUUCUUUCAGUAAGAAACAAAACACAAUGGGGGUGUGCUGUUAUAGGAAAAUAAAAAUAUAAAAUGAACGAGACCUGAACUGGAGUUCAGCCCAGAAGUUGAUCGUUUUCCAAAAACAGGACACCCGAAGUCUUUUAUUCCACCCAACUGUUCGCAAUUUUCCCAACAGUUCAAUUUUUUUUUUUUAUUAUUUCCAUCACCAGCGCCUCUUUUUUCUUUCUGUUAAAGUUAAUAAGACAAACAAACAAAAAAAAUCAAACAACAAGAAGAAGAACAACAACAACAAAAAACAGCUCUCAGGUUGUCCAGAAAGCCCAAAGUCCAUUACGCAAAACGACAAGUUACAAAGCGUUGACACGAAACAUCUUCUCAGCAUUUCAACGACGAGACACGUGACAUCACGUCCCUGUGAAUUAGUUACUAUAGAAAUGAUAAAAAUAUCAACCAUGCAGCUGAACUUUUGAGAAUUUAACAGCACUGUGGUAUAAUAUUGUUUAUUUCACAAUUGAAUCCUGUACAUUUGUUGACCGAAUACAUCCUGGGUCUUAAAAUGUGUUAAAAGUUGUUCCGGUUUUAAAAUGCCUUGUCCCUCCUGCUUUACUUUUCCAUCACCAAAGAUUCAACAGCUUUAUUAUGUUCUUUAUUUGUCAUGUGGUUCCAAACCCCAAACCCACCCCCCACCCCCCCCCCACCCGCAUUGACAUGGUCUCUAAUUUUGUAUUUUUCUAUUGCUAUGUAUAAUUAUGUCUGUGUUGCGAUCUUUUGAGUGGUCUUGUCAUCUGAUCCUUGUUAGCAGUAGCACCACUGUGGAUCAAUGUCGUAUUUAAAAAACAAAUUCAAAUUAGUUUUGUUUAUUAGUACACUGUACUAAUAAAAUCUCAUCAGUCUCUAUCGCUUUACAACUG